AUGGCGAGCACGACAUUGAAUAACGAGAAACUAGCGGAUCAAGAUGCUAACGUACGGAGCGAAAAAGUAAACACGGUAGAACAAGAAAUUCCAACGACGGGUAACAACACAAUAUCCACCAUCGUCCCGGAAGAAAACAAGCUCGGCGCUAAACCUAAACAAGUCAAGGCACUUAAGAUAGCGACGAAAUCUAAAACCAAACGCAAUCCACUACGAACGGUAAGGAAACGUAAAGAUUUUCACUGUGGCAAAUGCGAUGAACGGGACACUAGUAGGAUGGUGCUUUGUGACCAAUGUGAGGUUUGGUACCAUUAUUCCUGUGUGGAAGUAACACCCAGUGUAGCGGAUCAAACAAAUUGGAAGUGCCCAUUAUGUGAGACUAUCACAAGUAAAAGUAAGCCAGCGAAUAAGGAGAAAACUAUAGUAGUUCAGAAUCCGGAAACCAAACCCGAUGAUCAUGAUGAAGUCAAGUCUAUCAGGAGUUCGAUUAUCUCUAGCAGCAGUACGAGGAGGAUCGCUGAACUUCGGUUGAAGAAACUAAAGGCCCUGACGGAACUUAAGCAACACUACGUAGAGCAAAAAUUCUUGAUCCUAGAAGAGGCCGCCCUGGAAGAAGGCACAGUUGAUGACCGCAGCGAAAUAGAUAAAUUAUCGGCGAUCGAGAGUUGGAUCGAUAAAACUAACCUGGGUAGAAGUGAAUCUGUCUUGAUAGCUGGAAGCGACCCGAUUGAAGAAAUUAACCUGCCUAAAAUCAAUCAACUGCAGAUCAACCCUGCCCCGUCUCGGAACGAGAAUGCGUACGUACCACAUGAAUUCAACCCGGAAAAGCGUUCUACACCGUUAGCUGAAGUCGCAAGGAAUCGUGACCGUGACAUACAUCAUCCACCAGCUUUAUCGCACCCAUCAGCGAUACCGCGUCCAACAACAUUGCAACAUGCUUUAUCGCAGCCCACUUACGGUGAUAAUGAUAUCGGUACUAUCAAUAGAAGCCAAUUAGCUGCUCGCCAAGCUGUCUCCAGGGAACUACCCGAAUUUGACGGAAACUCCGAAGAUUGGCCUCUUUUUAUUACGACAUUCAACUCAUCGACCCACAUGUGCGGAUUCUCAAAUGAAGAGAAUAUGUUGAGACUUCGGAAAUGCCUAAAGGGAAAGGCAUUAGAAGCUGUCAGAUCUCGUCUCCUCCAUCCAAGCAACAUUUCAGGCGUAAUGUCGAUACUGAAGAUGCUUUUCGGUCGACCCGAAUCCAUUGUCCAUGCUGUCGUGACGAAAAUAAGGAAAAUUGCCCCUCCAAGUAUGGAAAGACUUGAGACGAUCGUUAAUUUUGCACUGACAGUUGGAAACUUGUGUGCCAAUAUAGAGGCUUGCGGUGUACCGGACUUUGCGUACAAUGCUUCAUUGCGAUUCGAAUUGGUUCAAAAGCUGCCCACAAAUCUGCAGAUGCAGUGGGCUGAACAUUCGAGAAAUGUCGCCAGCCCAACAUUGUUACAAUUUAACAGCUGGUUGUACACCAUAGCGGAAGACGCAAGCUCGGUAAUCAACUCAAACUCCUCUUCAAAAAAUCGGCGAGACAAGGAGGGUUACUUGUACCAUCAUGAGGAACCCAGCGAUAACGAGGACACCUUAGAUCAAAACUCUCAGAGUACUAAUAUGACCCAUCAAGAAAUUAAGAAUGUUCGAAAGGAGCACUGUUUUACUUGUUCCGGCCACUGUGGCGCAGCUGACAAGUGCUCAUUAUUUUUGGAACUGGACUAUAACUCCAGAUGGAAAAUAGUCAACGAAAACGGAUUAUGUCGCAAAUGCAUCAAGAGACAUAGUGGACCCUGCAGACGGCGCAAGGAAUGCGGCCAGAAUGGAUGUACUUUCCUACAUCACCCGCUACUUCAUAAUCCUGCAAAAUCGAAGCCACGUCCCCAACCAACGACAACGGUUGUGGGAAGCUGCAAUGUCAAUCAAGGAACUGCUAGUGGAGUCUUGUUUCAAAUAGUUCCAGUAAUUCUUCACAGCGCUACUAAAAAGCUUCAUACUUACGCUUUCAUCGACGACGGCUCCGAGCUAACCCUGAUGGAAGAUCAAGUUGCCAAAGAACUUCAACUGGAUGGUCCUAACCAAAGCCUUUGUCUUCGAUGGACAAGCGGGACUCAACGCAGGGAAGACGAAUCGCGAAAAUUAAAUUUGGAAAUAUCAGGAACCGGCGAAAACAUGAAAAAAUAUCCUAUCAAAAACGUGAGAACCGUGAAGUCCUUGAACAUUAGACCUCAAACGUUGAAUAUGGUGGAUAUGAGGAAACAUUUCAAACAUUUGCACAACGUUCCGAUUCAAUCCUAUGAAGCUGCUUGUCCCAAGAUUAUAAUAGGUGUAGAUCACGCCAAUCUGGGGCAUCCUGUGAAGAGUCUGGAAGGAAAAUCCGGAGAACCGAUAGCGGUCAAAUCACGUCUUGGAUGGACGGUCUACGGACGUCAUGGUUCGGAUGGUUCGAACUCGACUCGGUACCAACAUAUAAUCAACUACCAUUCAGUGCUACAGUGUUCAUGCGAAAAAUCCAGUGACGAGGACCUCCACACAGCCAUGAAGAAUUUCUUUGCCAUAGAAAACCUCGGAUUGACGAAGGGAGACGUUGCACUCAAUUCGAAAGAUGAUCAAAGAGCGAUCUCGCUACUCGAAUCAUCCACGCAUCUUAAAGAAGGUCAUUACGAAACCACUCUCCUAUGGAAGUACGAUCAUGUCCGCCUACCCGACAGUAAAAGUAUGGCACUUAGCCGUUGGCAGUGUUUAGAAAGGCGACUGCAAAAGGACCCAGAGCUGACUAAGAUACUUGACAAUAAAAUUGAUGAUUACGUCAAUAAGGGUUAUGCUCGAAAACUUACGGCCGACGAGUUAGGUGAAAAACAUCCGAGGGUAUGGUAUCUUCCUGUAUUUCCUAUUACCAACCCCAACAAGCCUGGCAAAACAAGAUUGGUCUGGGACGCUGCUGCAAAAGCACAUGGCAUUUCACUGAACUCGGUGCUACUGAAGGGCCCUGACCAAUUAACUUCGCUUUUCUCCGUCCUGCUAAAAUUUCGCGAGUUCAAAUUCGCUGUUUGCGGUGAUAUACGCGAAAUGUACCACCAGGUACUAAUACGUAGAGAAGACCAGCACUGCCAGCGUUUCUUUUGGGGCAGAGAUCCAGGAACAAAAAUGCCUUCGACUUACAUAAUGCAAGUGAUGACGUUUGGCGCAUGUUCAUCACCAUGUACAGCUCAGUUUAUCAAAAAUCGAAACGCUGAGCUAUACAAACAUCAGUAUCCAGCUGCAGCUAAAGCCAUAGUCGAAAAUCAUUAUGUUGAUGACAUGUUGCUUAGCGUUGAAACUGAAAAAGAAGCGAUAACGUUAGCUAGUGAGGUAAAAACGAUUCACAGCCACGCUGGUUUCGAAAUAAGAAAUUUUCAUUCCAACUCCUCCAUAGUAUCAGAUACCUUAGAAGGUCGGUUAAAGUCAGAUGUACCAAGCGAUAUUGACAUGAACAUCGGUAAAGAAGAAACUACAGAAAAAGUUCUUGGAAUGUGGUGGGAUACGUCGAAGGAUUGUUUCGUAUUCAAAGUAUCUCCAAGAAUUGAUCCGGCUCUUAUUUCUGGCAAUAAAAUACCCACAAAACGCGAGGUUCUACGCACGCUGAUGCAGAUAUUCGACCCAUUGGGGUUAGUUGGUCAUUUCUUAAUGUUUCUAAAAUGCCUGCUUCAGGAAAUAUGGAGAACGUCAGUAGGAUGGGACGACCCUAUAGAACACAAAGAGUUCCAGAAAUGGAAACGCUGGCUCGAAGUGCUUCCGACAAUGACUCAAGUCGAAAUCCCUCGCUGCUAUCGCUCCUUGGUACCAAUAAAUCUCAGCACCGACGUUCAAUUACAUACCUUCGUUGAUGCCAGCGAGAACGGUAUGGCAGCUGUAACAUACCUACGAUUCGAGAAUAACGGAAUAGUGGAAUGUGGUUUG